AUGGGCACGCCGAGUUUUGAGCUUAAAACGAAGAAAAUCAACGUGCGGUCCCUGCAGGGGGGCGGGGCGUGGGCGCGGGGUCAGCCGAAAUGGGGCACCCCCAGAGCGUGCUGGCCAGCGGAGGCAGCGCAGAGCUGUGCAGGUACCGGUCCAACAGAGGCCGCGCCGGGCCCAACGGCCUCAAUUCUGGAGGCCACGCCGGCCACCACAUGA